CAAUUUGUUUAUUUUCAUUUUUUAUUCUAAUAAUUAAUAAAAAUAAUAUUAGUAAUGUUCAUGGGUGUGUAAGGAGAAUGUUCACUUUUGUUUACUCGUGAAUUUUCAAAAAUAGUGCACAAUGGCGACAUUAAACCAGAGCCUUCCAGUUUCCGAAAUUCUCAAAUCCAAAACAGAAAUCGAAGAUGAACCAAAGAAAAAGUCGAGAGAAGACUGGCGGAAAGCUAAAGAGCUCGAGGAAGCCCGAAAAGCUGGUACAGCUCCGGCUGCAGUGGAUGAGUCUGGCAAAGACAUCAAUCCCCACAUUCCACAGUACAUUUCAUCUGCACCAUGGUACUAUGGUACCAGCGGGCCUACAUUGAAGCACCAAAGGCCCCAAGAAGAAAAACAGAAACAGUUUUCAUCGAUAGAUGAGUGGUAUGAUAGAGGAGUUGACACAACUAAAAUUGUGACAAAAUAUCGUAAGGGUGCAUGUGAGAACUGUGGUGCAAUGACACACAAGAAGAAAGAUUGCAUGGACAGACCCAGGAAAGUAGGUGCUAAAUUUUCUGGGCAACACAUAGCACCAGAUGAGUUUCUGCAAAAGAACCUAUCACUUAGCUUUGAUGGCAAAAGAGAUAGGUGGAGUGGUUAUGAUCCUUCUGAACACAAGGCUGUAAUUGAGGAAUUCCAGAAAGUUGAAGAUGCUAAAAGGCAUUUGAAAGCUGAGAAAUUGAAUGCCAAUGAGUCCUCAGAUGAGGAAAAAGAUGAGGAUAAAUAUGUGGAUGAAGUUGACAUGCCUGGUACCAAAGUGGACAGUAAACAGAGGAUAACAGUGAGAAAUUUGAGGAUUAGGGAAGAUACAGCCAAAUAUUUGAGGAAUUUGGAUCCUAAUUCUGCAUAUUAUGAUCCUAAAACUAGAAGUAUGAGGGAAAAUCCUGAAUCUAAAAGAGAUGAAACGUAUAGAGGAGAAAAUUUUGUUCGUUUCUCUGGGGAUACUACCAAUCAUGCUAGAGCACAGCUUUUUGCUUGGGAGGCUCAUGAAAAGGGAGUUGAUGUUCAUUUGCUAGCAGAGCCCACAAAACUGGAACUCUUGCAAAAGGAGUAUGAGAAAAAGAAGGAGCAGUUCAAGACAAAAAUCCAAAGCAAUGUUCUGGAAAAGUAUGGGGGAGCGGAACACCUGGAGGCCCCUCCAAAAUCCCUUCUGCUAGCCCAAACGGAGGACUACACGGAGUACUCGAGAUCGGGCAAGAUCAUCAAGGGGGCCGAGAAAGAGGUGGCCAGAUCCAAAUACGAGGAGGACGUGUACAUCAACAAUCACACUUCGGUGUGGGGUUCGUACUGGCGAGGGGGACAGUGGGGGUACAAAUGCUGUCAUUCGUUCAUCAAGAACUCCUAUUGUCUUGGAGAAUCGGGCAAAAAUUCGGAAAAUUCCAGAGCAGCGGAACUUUCCCAAAUCGAGGAAAUCGAGGAAAAUAGCGAUUCAAAGAAUGAAAAGUCACAGGAUGGCGAGAGCAGCAGCUCAGAGUCUUCUUCUGACGAAAAGUCCAAGAAGAAGAAAAAGAAGAGGGAAAAGAAGAAACUGAAAAAGUUGAAGAGGAAACAGAAAGAUUCGAAACUUGCUUUUGAAACUAAGAACACUGUUAUGGAGGAGGAAACCGUUAUAGCAGAUGACAGAAAAAGACCUUAUAAUAGUAUGUAUGAGGCCAAAAAACCUACUGAAGAUGAGAUGGAGGAAUAUUUCAAGAGAAGGAAGAGAGAUGAAGAUCCUAUGAAUCAGUUUUUGUAAUAAAUUCUAAAAUAAAAUAUUGUACAGUGUUAAUUUGAU